CACCUAUCAAUCAGUAAACAAUAACAUAGCAAACAAAAAUAAGUCUCUCUGUCUCCCUUCAAUGGCUCUCUUCACUUCAAUCUCCUCCGCUCCACUCUCUGUAUCACCACCAAUCCACCGCCGUUUCACCAGUAUCCGGCGAUCUUUACGCCCUUUUGCUUCACUGAGUCCAUCAGAAUCAUCAUCAUCACCAACACCGUCAAUAUCAUCACCAGCAACAACUGCUUCAACCAACGAAAAUGUUGUAAGCUCUAAACCUCCAUCAAGCUUCAACUAUGCACUUGCGAACCCGAGUGGGGACCCGGUUGUCCGAUUUGUCAGGUCCACUGAGACCAACAUCGAAAGGGCAAUUUUUGACUUCCGCUUCUUGGCGCUUCUGGCUGUUGCAGGUUCACUGGCAGGUUCAGUGCUAUGCUUUCUAAAUGGUUGUCUUUAUAUUGUUGAGGCAUACAAAGUUUACUGGACAAGCUGUGUCAAAGGGGUUCACAGUGGUCAGAUGGUUCUACGAUUGGUUGAAGCUAUUGAUGUUUAUCUUGCGGGGACUGUCAUGUUAAUAUUCGGUAUGGGCUUAUACGGAUUAUUUAUUAGUAAUGUGCCUCCUGAUGUAGCUCCCAGUUCUGAUCGUGCACUCAAAGGCUCCUCCUUAUUUGGAAUGUUCUCUUUGAAGGAGAGACCAAAAUGGAUGAAAAUCAGCUCACUCGAUGAACUAAAGACAAAAGUAGGACAUGUCAUUGUCAUGAUUCUUCUAGUGAAGAUGUUUGAAAGGAGCAAGAUGGUGGCAAUAUCCACUGGCAUGGAUCUACUAAGUUAUUCUUUUUGUAUUUUGUUAUCUUCUGCUUCCUUGUACAUCCUUCAUCAUCUGCACAAGGAAGAAUAAAAAGAUGUUAAGUCUAUAAUACAAAUAACUCUAUGUAUAUAAUAUGUUCAGAAUCAUCUUUAUGACAGUUAAUUCUUAA